AUGAGCGGAGGCCAUUUGAGCAAGGAGUUCUUUGAGCUCGUGAAGAGCAUUGGCGAGUCCAGAUCGAAACAAGAGGAAGACAAAAUCAUCGUGGGCGAGAUCGCUAUCUUGAAGCAGCACCUCAGUGCGCCGAACAUAACAGCGAAGAAAAUGAAGGAGUACAUGAUUCGGGCAGUGUAUGCAGAAAUGCUCGGGCAUGAUGCGUCCUUCGCCUACAUUCAUGCUGUGAAGCUGACCCACGAGAAGAACCUCUUUGCCAAAAGGAUAGGCUACUUGACGUGCAAUCUUUUUCUUCACAGAGAUCACGAGCUCAUGUUGCUGCUCAUCAAUACGAUGCAGCGAGACCUGGGAAGCGCAAACCACAUUGAGGUGUGUUCCGCCUUGACUUCAGUCUGCCGGCUUGUAAACUUGGAGAUGAUCCCCGCAAUCUCUCCGCUUGUCUUCAAGUUGCUUUCUCACCCUCAAGAGGCUGUGAGGAAAAAGGCGGUCGUAGCAGUGCACAAGUUCUUCAAGAUUGUUCCAGAAACUGUCUUAGACCAGAAGGAUCAGAUACGCAAAGUGCUGUGUGAUCCCGAUCCUUCAGUCAUGGGGGCAUCUCUCCAUGUUCUUUGUGAGGUUGCAAAAGCGCAUCCAGCUUCAUGUAAAGACUUGGUGCCCUCAUUCGUCAGCAUCCUGAAGCAAAUCACUGAACAUCGGCUUCCCCGAGAUUUCGACUACCAUCGGAUGCCAGCGCCAUGGCUGCAGGUCAAGCUUCUGUCCAUUCUGAGCAUUCUCGGCACAGCUGACAAAGCCAACUCCGAACACAUGUACGAGAUCCUGCAGGAAUGCAUGCGACGUGCUGACAGCGGGGUCAAUGUUGGUUAUGCCAUCAUCUACGAAUGCGUGAAGUGCAUCACCAAGAUCUUUCCAGAUCAUGGCCUCCUUGAACUCGCAGCUUCGAACAUAUCAAGGUUCAUCUCGAGUGAGAACCACAACCUGCGAUAUUUGGGUGUGACCGGACUUGCCCAGAUCGUGCAAGUCAAUCCGGCGUAUGCUGCCGAGCACCAGAUGGUUGUCGUGGACUGUUUAGAGGACCCAGACGAGACGUUGAAAAGAAAGACCUUGGACUUGUUGUUCAGGAUGACAAACCCCCAGAAUGUGGUCGUAGUGGUGGACAAACUGAACUUCCACCUUCGGACCAGUGUGGACGCUCAUCUUCGCAGGGACCUGGUGCAGAAAAUAACUUCGCUGGCCGAGCGGUUUGCGCCGGACAAUGAGUGGUACGUCAACACAAUGAACACUGUGUUUGAGUUGAGCGGAGAGCUGGUCCCUGCAGAGACAGCCUACAACCUGAUGCGUUUGGUGGCAGAGGGAGCCGGGGAGGAUGAGUCAGCUGACCAAGCCUUCCGUGUUUUCGCAGUGAACACAUACUUAAAGCUGCUGGAGAAGUCCACGUUGUCAGACAUUCUCGUGCAGGUGAUUGCUUGGGUACUCGGUGAAUAUGCCCGACUUGCAAGUGUGGACGGCUACACCAUAGAAGAUAUCGCUGACCUGCUUUCUGAAUGCAUCGAGCGACCGUUCGAAGAUCCAGCCACUAGAGGUUUCCUUGUCACAGCUCUCAUGAAGCUGAUUGGCCAACAUGGGGUCAAGAGCACGACCGCGGAGGACAUCAUUCGAAGUUACCGCUCUUCGCGAAUGACGGACCUGCAGCAGCGCUGCUACGAGUUUGAGCAGCUGCGUCAAUCACCCGCAGUGAUGCGAAAGGUUUUGCCAUAUGAUGCCUCUUGUGAAGACAUCGUUGUGAACAAGGACUUAAGUUUCCUCGACUCCUUCGUCCGACGAAAGCUGGACGAAGGUGCGAAGCCGUACCAGAGCGCGGUUGAGCGAGCGCGAGAGCAGGAGGGCCUUGCUCCGAAGGUUGAAGCUGAGCUCAAGCCAUCGCUUAACUUCAUGCCGUAUGAGGCUCCCACCAAACCGCAGCCAUCUCCUGUGCAAGACGCUGUUGGCGACGCAGGUAGCACAUACAGCACAGAGGCGGCUGUCCCGAAGGGGCUAAAUGUCUCUGGACCCAGGAAGUGGGGUCCAAGUGGCUACAAUCAGCCUGGUGGCAAGCCGGAUAUCCCUCAGGCUCCAGCGUUGGAUCUUUGUUGA